AGAACAUCCAGUCCUUCAGAGGACAACCACACCUCCAAAUAUCAGAAUGGAGUUGGUACUGUCACCUCAGCCAUCUUCCCAAAAGCUCUAGAUGGUGUAAAGCCUUAUAACCAUGACAUGAAUAAUUCUACCUAUGUAGAGUUUGUCAGAACGUAUGAUGCAAAACCCAGCUCUCUAAAUGAGUCUUACAGUUCACCCAAUAACCCACCCAAAAAGAAGACUGAUAAGAAGGUUGCUUCUCAUUCGUUCCCCGAAGUGCUCCACCCCGAUCAGGAGUUUCUGGAGCAUGAUGAUAAGGAGCUGGAAGACAUCUGGAAUAAAGCUAAACAGGGGCAACUAGAUAGCCCAGUCCAGAAACCUCACAUUGUAUCACUCAAAGCAAAUGAAGGAGACCAGUUGACCAAAGCAAAUCAAGAGACCCCAAGUCACAAAGCACCAAGUGGCCAAGUAAUCGUGAGGUCGGAGCCAAACAUGUUGGUGGCCACAUUUACUUUGCCCACCUCAGUUCCCUUAUCUACAGACUCCGGCAUGGAGAAGGACCAAAGGGAAGACAGAAGUCUGAUUCAAGAAAGAGUGAUGUCCACCGCAACCCUCACGGAGAGUAAUCAAGUGGGGAAAUGUCCGCAAACAUCAGGGAAAGAGCCACAUGCUCUGAAGAAUAAGUCUGAUAAAGUGGAGACGUCCAUAACCACGGUGACUCGGAAGUUGGACUAUCAACUGAUGGAAGGUUCCCUGGAGAAGAAGCACAUCCUGCAGUCAGGGGGAAGGAAGGCCUCUUCCCGCACCUGGGGGGUGUUUUAUGCUGUGCUGGUGAGGAGAACCCUCUGCUUCUACCACGACCGCAAACAUUCCACUAAGAGCCCCUUGUCUGCGCCCCCCCUUCACCUCACUGGCGCGCUCUGCACACCAGAAUCAGACUACAAUAAGAAGAGCAACUGCUUCCGGCUCAGAUUAAGGGAUGGCUCUGAGUACCUGUUCCGGGCCCCGACUUCCGAGCUGUUGCAGGAGUGGGUGUGCAAACUCCGCCAUAAUUCAGGCGUUGAAGACACAGAUCCACUCCGAGACCCGGCACUGGUGGCUGACCGCUCUCCACAUCUGACAUCUCGAGGGCACCCCCUGAAUUCCUGUAUGCCAGACCUGUGUCAGCCGGUAGCAGUGAGAGUCCGAGACCCAGCAGGGCCACACCUGGAGCCAUUCAUUGUGCCAACUGGUGGCUGCAGAGCUGACACUCAUCAGACGAGGUCUUGGGUAUCAGACAACAUCUUGGAGUCCGCUGAUUCAGAGUUUGAUGUGAGUCUGGCAGCCAGCAGGAGGCGCUCCCGCUCUUUCAGCUCAGUCAUGUACCAGAAGAUGACCUCGUUUUCCAGCCCCUCGGAGACAUCACCCAGCUACUCCGUCACCCUGUACAUUGAUGAACCACUCACCCCACGCACGCGCUGCCACUCCUUUGCCUCCUCCCACAUAAGAAACAGCAGCUCCGAUCUGAAGUUGCGGAAUAAAUCAGUGUUCCGGAAGUUGUUCUGGAAAAAAGAAUAA